GAAAAACCGCGCGUGGAUCAUUGUCUCUCGUUUCGCAAUAGCUUUCCAGGACAACGACGACGGAGAAAGCAAACUAAGAAACCUCACAAAACUCAGAGAAAGGCCCGAUCUUUCUUCUUCCGAUCUUAUCCUUCUUUUGGGUGAGAUAAAGAAUCUCCCUUUCGAUCAACUAAGCUUCGAUGGACGAGUCGUUCUCUAAUCUACAGACGAGCCAUUUGCUUGGUUCAGUUCCCGCUGUGAUCAGCGAGGACGACAAGAAAAGCACGAAUGUGCAUAUAUCAACCGUAAACGAAGGUCCUUCUGCAAACAUGCAGAUAUUUCCACCGCAUCAAGGAAACAGUUCAAAGGGUUAUCAAACUCUUGAGAGCCCAACAGAAGGACCUGAACAGCAGCCAUCAAACAACUGGAAGGGAUACUUUAACGUCUACUCAUACGCCCAGUACUUCAACGUGGACACGGACGUUGUUUUGAACAGACUGAUGAGUUCCUUGUACCCCACCAGUGGUGAUUUUUUCAGCAAGAUUGAUGCCAACCCUGAUUUGUAUGGCCUUGUCUGGAUCUGCACCACGCUUGUGUUUGUGCUUUCCUCUCUCGGAAACUGUGCCACGUACCUCGUGAAGAAACGAACCAACAGUGAAGCUCCUUGGGUCUUUGAUGUGAACUAUAUAAACUUGGCAGCAUCUUUAAUCUAUGGCUAUGCAAUCAUUGUCCCAGUGGCGUUUUAUUUCUCACUCCGGUAUAUGGGAUCCAGAGCUGAUCUUCUAAGAUUCUGGUGCCUCUGGGGAUACUCUCUCUUCGUUUUUGUUCCAACCACUCUUCCAUUGCUUAUUCCAGUGGAGUUUCUGAGAUGGGUGAUUAUACUCUUAGCUGGUGGCGGGUCAUCCUGCUUUGUUGCCCUGAAUCUACGGUCUUACCUUGAGGCGAGCAAUGAUCUGACCGUUGUAUUGGCUGUAGCGUUUGGUCUGCAAAUGGUUCUUUCUAUCUUCAUCAAAGUCUGGUUCUUUCCUUAAUCUCAACAACACACGAGGAAACAUAUAUAAUGUAUGUAAAAAAAACGUUUUAGAUUUUGAUGUGCUGUGGUAGAACAAUGAAUUUGUCAUUACAAAAGAACAAAACCCACAGAGUAACAUAUACACUGUACUGAAUCAUUGGGAUUCGUUUUGACUGGCUUAGUUUCUUGUUUGCUUGUUUGUUUGGUGAGUUGAAUUGUCUUAGUUUUUUAAUGGUUGAUUUUUAUCUGCCAGAUAUCAGAAUGGCUAUUUAAAAAAAACAUUUUCAGUA